GCAACCAGAUGGCGCAGUAAAACAUUGAGCUGGCCUGCGUCUGUCUGGAAGCUAGGUUAAGUUAAAAGUCAACUCUAAGUAGGACACUCGGCAAAUUUGAGACUUGUGGUUUGUCCGAAACAGAGGACACGAGUAUAUAGGUCCACGAGUGUCCGCCAGUGGACGCGGCGCGCUACAGUCCGUGCGUAAAAGUCGGUGGUCGGCAGUAGUAUAUAAGCGCAUGCGAGGAGUCGUCAUGUUUUCUAUUAAGCUCUUGAGAGGCACACGGGCUGUUCACCUUGCAAGGCCGCUGCACACCUCUUCUGUCACCAAAAUGCCGAUUCAGGUUGGUGCCCCGCUUCCAGCAGUGGAGGUCCAAGAGGGUGAGCCUGGAAAUACAGUGGCAAUGGAUAAACUUUUCAAAGGAAAGAAGGGAAUUCUCUUUGCUGUUCCUGGGGCUUUUACACCUGGAUGCUCCAAGACACAUCUCCCAGGUUUUGUGCAACAGGCAGCGGAGUUGAAGGCUAAAGGAAUUCAAGAGAUAGCUUGUAUCUCUGUGAAUGAUGCAUUUGUCAUGGCUGCUUGGGGAAAGGAUCAGGGAGCUGAUGGCAAGGUCCGAAUGCUAGCUGAUCCCACUGGAGCCUUUACUAAAGAGGUUGAUUUGAUACUUGACAAUGAGCAACUUGUACAGAUUCUUGGAAAUAAACGAUCAAAGAGAUAUGCCAUGCUGGUUGAGGAUGGUAUCGUGAAGAAGAUCAAUGUGGAGCCUGAUGGCACGGGGUUGACUUGCAGUCUGGCUUCCUCAAUUUUGUCUGACCUGUAGUUACAGUAAAGUGUGAAUUAUAUAAGUUGCUUUCCUAAAACCUGAUGCAAAUAUUAUUGGAAUUGUGAGGGUGUUCAGAAAACAAACACGCACAAUGAUUAUAUACUUGAAGAGGGAGCUUGCUUCGGACUGUUACUUGUAUCAUAAAAUGCUUCAUUCAAAGCCAUAACCAUAAAGUAUGUCAACAAUAGUCACUCUCUCUUUGUGUGUGUGUGUGUAUCACAUACUGUGUGUGGACUAAAAUCGGUACAGACCAUACACAGAAAUCAAGUCCCAUAAUA